AUGCGUAAUUUACCAUUGUUCGUAUUUUUGGCUGGCCUCGUAUUCUUCUUCUACCUUUUCUAUCUUCAUCAAUCGCAGAGUGCUGAAUAUGCCAUAGCUCAAGCUUCGUUAGACGAUCACAAACAACAACUUCGGGUAUUGAAAUUAGAUCUUCUGAACGCAAAUGCUGACGUUGAACGGCUCAAGAGUUCGGAGAGUUCUCUCAAAGAGGAGAGGGAUAAGCUCUCAAGGGAAAAAGAUAAGUGUUCGGUUUCACUGCGUAGUGCUGAACGUGAGAGGGAAAACCUGAAAAGCGAAAUAAGCAAGAAAGCCAGCGAAAAUAGCGAACUGAGCACUAAGCUUGAGGAAGCUAAAAAAGAGCUGGAGGAGUUGAAAAAGGCUAUAGCUGCUAAAGAAGCGGCUGAAAAGGAAAACAAGGAGACUUCACCGAAGCCGACUGUUGCUGGUGAAAGUGCGGUUGGAGGUCACGUGGACGAAAGCGCCAAAGGUGGUCAUGGUCGCAAUUAUGAAGCCGAUGGUGGCUCUGCCAAAGGGAAAUCACUUGGGAACAUUGAGACAGGUGGAGGAGCUUCGAAGGCGGUAGAACAAAGUCAGGCGGAACAAGCUCCUGCCCCAGUUCCGAAUAUUGUAGAAGGAGUACAAAAUAGUAUGUUUAAGAAAACUGUGGAAGGUGUGCUCAAAAAGUCUCUAGAAAAUGAGCUGGUUAAGAAAGACGACAUGCCAGCACAAGUAGGACAACCACCUCAGCACCCGGGUGACCGAGUCAAGUUAGCUGUUGCAGUGGAUGAGCAACAGGAACAAGAACAUGUUGUAGCUAAGCCAAUCGUUCGAGGAGGAGACUACGAGGACAAACUGGAUGUCGAAAAGGGAAUUGGAGAUGAUAUCCAGCCAGCCUAG